CGGGGACCAGAGGCAGCGGCGGCGGGCACUGCGGCGGGAGGCACGCGGCGACGGGAGCCCCGCGAGCUGCAGCCAGGUCUUAACCCUGCUAAUCGGGACUCCCUGUCUGGUUUCGAGCUUGGACCUCGACAGCAGAAGGAAAUGGAGCUCAGUGGCGUGUAAUGGAAAGCAUAUGGACAGGUCCACGUCCUGGCAUUUAGGUGCUAAGAGAUGGUGCUUGUGGGGUUCAUCUCUGCCUGAGAAUCAGGUGCUCUAGCCGCCAGAAAAGCCAACUCUGAUCCUGGGAUCGCUGCUUGAACAAGCCUUCUCUUCCAGCCAGUGCAGCCCAACAGCCAAACCAGCCACUUCCUCUUAAUGAUGGGUAUUGGUAAAAACACUACAUCCAAAUCCAUGGAGGCUGGGAGUUCAGCGGAAGGCAAAUACGAAGACGAAGCGAAGCACCCUGCUUUCUUCACCCUCCCGGUGGUGAUAAAUGGAGGCGCCACGUCCAGUGGUGAACAGGACAAUGAAGACACAGAGCUCAUGGCGAUCUACACAACGGAAAAUGGCAUUGCAGAAAAGAGCUCUCUGGCCGAGACGUUGGAUAGCACUGGCAGUCUAGACCCCCAGAGAUCGGACAUGAUUUACACCAUAGAAGACGUCCCUCCUUGGUACCUGUGCAUAUUUCUGGGGCUGCAGCACUACCUGACUUGCUUCAGCGGCACCAUCGCAGUGCCCUUUCUGCUGGCCGACGCCAUGUGUGUGGGGUACGACCAGUGGGCCACCAGCCAGCUCAUUGGGACCAUUUUCUUCUGUGUGGGAAUCACAACUCUGCUGCAGACAACGUUUGGGUGCAGGUUACCCCUGUUUCAGGCCAGUGCUUUUGCAUUUCUGGCCCCUGCUCGAGCCAUCCUGUCUUUAGAUAAAUGGAAAUGUAACACCACAGAUGUUUCAUUUGUCAACGGAACCACGGAGCUGCUGCACACCGAGCACAUCUGGUACCCCCGCAUCCGCGAGAUCCAAGGGGCCAUCAUCAUGUCCUCACUGAUAGAAGUGGUCAUCGGCUUCCUAGGCCUGCCCGGCGCUCUGCUCAAGUACAUCGGGCCCCUGACCAUUACGCCCACGGUGGCCCUCAUUGGCCUCUCCGGUUUCCAGGCGGCGGGGGAGAGAGCGGGGAAGCACUGGGGCAUCGCCAUGCUGACAAUUUUCCUUGUAUUACUGUUUUCUCAAUAUGCCAGAAAUGUUAAAUUUCCCCUCCCAAUUUACAAGUCCAAGAAAGGAUGGACUGCGUACAAGUUACAGCUUUUCAAAAUGUUUCCUAUCAUCCUGGCCAUCCUCGUGUCAUGGCUGCUCUGCUUCAUCUUCACAGUGACAGAUGUCUUCCCCCCCGACAGCACCAAGUAUGGCUUCUACGCUCGAACAGACGCCAGGCAGGGUGUGCUUCUGGUGGCCCCGUGGUUUAAGGUCCCGUACCCCUUUCAGUGGGGCCUGCCCACCAUCUCUGCGGCUGGUGUCAUUGGCAUGCUCAGCGCUGUUGUCUCCAGUAUCAUCGAGUCUAUCGGGGACUACUACGCCUGCGCAAGGCUGUCCUGUGCCCCCCCGCCGCCCAUCCAUGCCAUAAACAGGGGGAUUUUCGUGGAGGGUCUCUCCUGUGUUCUCGAUGGCAUAUUUGGUACUGGGAAUGGCUCUACUUCAUCCAGUCCCAACAUUGGAGUUUUGGGAAUUACUAAGGUCGGCAGCCGCCGGGUGAUCCAGUACGGGGCCGCCCUCAUGCUCGCCUUGGGCAUGAUCGGCAAGUUCAGCGCCCUCUUCGCCUCCCUUCCGGACCCUGUGCUUGGCGCCCUCUUCUGUACUCUCUUUGGAAUGAUCACAGCCGUUGGACUCUCUAACCUGCAGUUCAUUGAUUUAAACUCUUCCCGGAACCUCUUUGUGCUUGGAUUUUCCAUCUUCUUUGGACUCGUCCUUCCAAGUUACCUCAGACAGAACCCUCUUGUCACAGGGAUAUCGGGCAUUGAUCAAGUGCUGAACGUUCUCCUCACAACGGCCAUGUUUGUAGGAGGCUGUGUGGCUUUUAUUUUGGAUAACACCAUCCCAGGUACUCCGGAGGAGAGAGGAAUUCGAAAAUGGAAGAAGGGCGUGGGCAAAGGCAGCAAGUCGCUUGAUGGCAUGGAGUCCUAUGAUUUGCCAUUUGGCAUGAACGUUAUUAAAAAAUACAAAUGCUUCAGCUACUUACCCAUCAGCCCAACCUUUGUGGGCUACACGUGGAAAGGCCUCGGGAAGAGCGCAAGCAGCCGGAGUCCGGACAAGGACUUGCAGGCCACGGUAUAGCCGUAGCUUGCCCUGUGGCCUAGCCGCAGUGAGGCAUGAUCUGUAGUUUCUCGCUGAGUAACCAGCGGUAACAUAUAUGUUUGUGUAUCUGCAUUUACAUUCUGUACCCCAGAGCUAAGACAGAUUGCAAGUAGCUUUUUUUGUUGUGAGUGGUGAUCGUGUCUAAUAUAGUGUCUCACCUCUCUCCUUAUUUAAGCCCCAAACCCCUUGCCCUUGAGAAUGUCCACUGCUGGCUGUGGUCACUGAACUUGAAAUCCCUGUCCUCCGGUGGGAGUAGAUGUUUGAAAUCCGCAGCCAUUCCUUGUUUUCAGCCCCCCUUCCACCACCCACGCCAGCCUUUUCACUGGCCGCCUCCAGGGCAGGGUGGGGAACAUCGGGCCUGCCAGGGCAGCCUCAGGCGGGACUCACAAUUCAAUAAAUCUAGGAGCUUUUUUCAUAGCAACAUAAAUUUUUAUUAAGUGAAUUACGUUAAGUGGAUAAUGUUACAAAUAUCCAAAUGGCCCUUGGCAGAAAAAAGGUUCCCCCCCUGGUCUAGGGGCUUCCUGUCCUGGAAGCACCUGGACCUGCUUGGUUGGUUGGUUGGUUGGUUGGUUUUUGUUUGACCUCCGCCUGAACCACAGAGCCUCCUGUGGUGAAAGGGCACCAGUAUCCUCGCAUUGUCACAGCUGGUCAAAUGUGAUUCCACGUUCCCUGCUCCUCCCGUGGGAAGCAGCAGCAUGUUGCUGUACAGACCUAUGCCUCAUCUGCUUGGGUAAGGUCUGUACACAUAGUAUCAGCAUGGGAGUGUGUUUUGGGGGACUGAGGGGAAAGGAAGGUACCUUGAAGUCAGUAUCUGAUUCUCAGCUGCCCUCUCUCGGUGCCACCCUGGCCCAGGCCGGGCCAGCACGUUCCACACUGGCCUCUCGCUCUUCACUAGGAGCUGAGACGCUCUCUCUGGCACUUCGCUCCUGGUGGUGCAACAGGAGGGGAGUGCCACACGGGGGCACCAGCCAGACGUCUGUGGUGUCUUGGCUCUGCUGUCAUGUGGAUGUCAGUUAUUGUCACAUGUGUCUAUAAAUACAAGGUUUUAUUCCUAUUUAAUAUUACUGACUAUAGCAGAUUUUUGAAAUCAGUGUUUUUCCACGUGAUCCUUUUACCUUGCAUCCCUAUUACUGUGCCCCUCCCACUUCUCCCAUUAAAGAAAGAACCAGCAUUUGUAAAGCUGCGGACGCCAUCAGGGAAGCGGUUGUCAUGGCUUUUGCAGGCCAGUAACCAUUUUGUGGUUGUAUUGCUUGAUACCAUGAAAGUGUAAAUACUGUAAUGCCUAAUCUAUUUAUCAAAACUAACUACUGGAUCAGAGCCCAGAAACCGCGGCUUACCUUGUAGGUGAAUUUGUUUUGUGAAGAAGGGAAGCCAGGGCAGGUACCAAACAGCUGCCAUAUCGAACGGUGGGCGUGCUGGUACCCUCCGCUGCGGUUCUGUUGCAAGUCGUUUCUCGCAGUUAAGAUGUAAGGGGACUUUCUGUGGGUUGCCAUGUGGCAUGUCCACUGGGUCUUGAUUUGGCAGAGGGGAAGGUUAGAUCCCUGGACAAAUGCUGCCGUUCUUGUUUAUGCUCCUGCAGAAGGUGGUGGUGAGAAAGGCAGCAUGCAGGUCCCCUCUGUUGAGUUCUAAUUAAAUAACACUAAAUUCCUUCUGUGGGGGAGGGGAAAGAAACUUCUUGGAUUUGGUUUAGGUUUUUCAGCCAGAAAAUCCUGAGACUUAACGUAGUGAGCUCACUUCAUGAGGUCAUGCCUCUCUUCCUAAGUAUUCGUUGACCUGGCUGAGGCUUGAAUGCAGUGGGCGGUGCUGUCUCCAACGGCGGGCCAUGGGUCUGGGCCUCAGCACUGUUGUGUCCAUCUCGUGCACUUCCUGUCCCCUGGCUGCCUCUGUGUCACCUCCUUGACUCCUGGGAAGUUGGGGGCUUCCAGGCUUGUUCUAGCAAGAACUCUCUUCGGAGCCACUUCAUUGUUUUGCCAAGACCUUAUUGCAGAUUAAGUAAAGAACUUAGACUAUAAAUUACUUUUAAUUUUGUAUGUUACUUUUCUUUGACGUGUAUUUGAUGCCUAGUUUAUUUUGAAGCACAUCCCUUAACCAUUUCCAUCCCUUGAACUUGGUAUGCCCUCCAGGCUGACAGUCCUCUGACACUGAGUUGCUCUCUGUUCCUUCUAUUUGUAUUUCUGCUCAGCAUCUAAAUUUCUCAGCUUUGAAAAAUGGGGAAAACUGUUACACCUCCCAAAGAUUUGCAGUAUUCUAGCUCUGUAGGUGAGCAGAAGAACCAAAUACCCAAAUAAAAGCAUCUGGGCCUUCAGUAAUUCAGAAACAAACAAGUUCCUUUCAACGUAACUUGACCGGGCUUGUCCAGAAACCCACUCCCUUCUGAAACCCCUCCUUGGGUCCAUUUCAAAUCUGCAAGCAUUCUUAAGUGCAGGGAUGUAUGCAAGCAUUCCUAUGUGCAAGGAAGCCCUGUACCCACACCGCCUUUUGCAAAGGGGCUUUGCCCUUCUUGUUCCAUUGUCCAAGGGAGGGAGUUGAGCCUCAGGAUGACGCAUAAAUCUUGCCCAAGCAGCACACACCAACCAUUGUAGGAAGUGAUCCUUCUGCCAGCACAUGUGCGACAGAAUGAGUUUAAUGGAGAAAAGUGUGCUCAUCUGCUGCCUGGGUUUGAAGAUACCACCUGUAGGGAGGUUUGGAGGGACAUGGCGAUGCGAUUCAUGAUCUGUCCCUGUGAACUCACUCAUGUAAGUGUCCUUGAGCAAGGCAUUCGCUUCCAGUUUCCACAGUGACCACCUACCCACCAUCUUCACACGUAUGUGAACCGUUUUGAUAUAGAAGAGAAAUGGAAAGUAUUUAUAAGGAUAGUAGAUGCUGCCGUAUCCCAGUGGGGGUGGGUCAUGGGCCCCACCACCGGUUUUGCUAAAAUACCUAACAUGGUUCACAGAGUAAUUGGGAAAUAGCUCCAGUCUUUGUAAGCAAUUUUCAUUCUCAUUCUCACUAGGGAAUUAAACGCAGACUCAUUAGUAUCAAAUCUUUCUUAAGAGGGCGUCAGAUGUUAACUUUUAGUGAGUUUGUUGUGAUCGAUCAAAGCAAGAGAAGUGGCUUAACCAGGUCAGCCGCAAUGAAGCAUCAUGGGUCCUGAUGGUUUCCCGUUUUCAUGGUAACAAAUUCACACACAGGAUUUGCUUUAUACUGUAGAACACUGACUUUCAUGAUGACAACUUGGUUUGUGCAUGAAUAUUGCAGUAUUUCCAUAUAGUAAAAUAACAUUUCUGCCCAGGAUAAUAGUUACAGUUUUCCAGGGAGGGAAUGAUAUAAUUUUCAUGACAAUGUCAUGUGAUGAUAGAAUUUCUCCAUUGAUGAAUCUCUAGUAUGUGUGUAUACUUUAUUUACCCAUGCGUAUGUUUUAUGACCGUCAGCUAAGUUGUUAUUCCUUUAAUUCAUGUCCCUGCUGAAAUACUGGUACUAGCAACCUAGACUUGAAGUUGGCGACUAUAUAUCUUCCUUAAUAUUGAUGCCGCUAAGAGUGGCCAGGCCAGAGAGAAGGUGAAAAAGGAGCUGUGGCGGGAACCUCGAUCCAGAACCUGUCUGGUGCGAGGAGAGGCAGCAUCCUGCGGGCCACUGUGCUGGGGGUGUGCACUUGGCUGCAGACACCAGGCCUGGCGUGGCUGUCACUGGAUGCCUGGUGUGCACCCAGCCACGCCUCCUGGACACCGUGGUGGUGCGAACGAGCCUGAGCGUUGGCAGUUCUCCGGGGAGCCGCCGCUUGGCUUUGGAGAAGAGCCUGGAUUUUCACCUGCUGCAUGUGCUGUGCUCUGUCCUCUUACGACCUGAACACGGAGAACAGGAAGGACAUCUCCCCCCGCUACCCGACCUGCAGUCACCACCCGACAGUACGAGAAGACGGCGCGUUUUGCCAACGUUUCCGCCCAUGGACCCAGAAAGCACGUCCUUUUCAGCAGCCUCACACACAUUCCUGUUCUUCUAGGUGGUUCUUGACUGUGCCUCGUCAUCACUCUGCAUAAGUAACUCCCAGCGUCCUUAGAAUUGUGUGUGUUUUCUGGCAUUUAGGACACCCUCACCAGCCUGGUCAUGUUACUGACAGUUCAAGUUAAUACCCUCUUUCGUUCGUUUGUAACAACCUUUGUUUGAUACGUUAAUAAAUUUCUGACUGUUCUUAACACAGUGGGGAUGCCUGUAUUUUCCUUGAGUUUUUGUGGCUGACUUUGGCUAUGUACCUUUUUGGGAUUUUGUUCGUUUUUUUAUUUUGCAUACCGAGGGUAUUUAGGGUGGGGUUGUUUUUGAGAUGUGUAAUUCUUUUAUGGAGUUUUUAAAAAGAAUUUUCAUAUUGUUUUUCUAACAUGGCUUCAUUAAACGUUUAAGUAUUUUAAAAAUAUGUAAUAUUUGGACCAGACGUUGUGAAUAAUAGUAGAGAUAAAGCUAUUUUAUUCUGUAUUUUUAAAACUGUUCCGUACAAAUAAAAGCUCUCCUGGGCACA